AUGAGCAGCGACAAUCUGGGCUUCUCGCACAGUGCCUUCACUACCAACCAGCCCUCUAUUUCUAGCUACUCGGACCGUCACAGAACAAACAUCCCCUCCAUUAAUACUGGCCGUAUGUCCAACAUGGCCUCCCAGGCCGAGCAGACUCCUGGUACUGCUCUCGACAUGAACUUUACUCCUCUUCUUCCCUCAAACUUGUUGAUUGGCAGUCCCUUCCAGCCUCAGUCGCCUUCAGCUUUUGCUUCUCCUGGCUUCCAAAGCUUCUCUAGCUUCCCUCAGCAGCCUCAGCGCCAACAGCAGCAGCAGCACAACCAGUUCCAGAACCAGCAGAACCCUGCCAUGUCUCCUCCCAUGUACGCUGGCAUGAUUUCACCUCCUCAGAUGCACGCUCAGAUGUACCAGGGUCCUCAGUCCCCUACUCUUGGCUACAACCCUCUGAACAACCAGUCGCUCAAUGGUUUGUCUACUGCUCCCCUGGGCAUCGCUCCUGGCUUGAUGUCGAGCUCUAGCAGAACCGUUUACCUGGGCAAUAUCCCCUCGGACACAUCUGCCGAAGAAAUUCUCAGCCAUGUCCGUAGCGGGCAAAUCGAGUCGGUCCGUCUUCUUCCCGACAAGAACUGUGCCUUCAUCUCCUUCCUCGAUGGAAGCUCGGCUACACACUUCCACUCCGACGCCAUCUUGAAAAAGCUGUGCAUCAAGGGUCAGGACAUCAAGAUUGGUUGGGGCAAGCCCUCGUCAGUUCCUACCUCGGUCGCUCUUGCCGUCCAGCAGUCGGGCGCAUCCCGCAACGUCUACCUUGGUAACUUGCCUGAGGAGGUCUCCGAGGAUGAGCUCAGAGAGGACUUGGCCAAGUAUGGUCCCAUCGAUACUGUCAAGAUUGUUAGAGAGAAGGCUAUUGGAUUUGUUCACUUCUUGUCCAUCGGCAAUGCCAUCAAGGCUGUUUCUCAGCUGCCUCAGGAGCCCAAGUGGCAGCCACCGCGCCGUGUUUACUACGGCAAGGAUCGCUGCGCAUACGUCUCCAAGACACAGCAGCAGAACGCUGCUCAGUAUCUUGGCAUCGCCCUCGGUUAUGCACAUGUGCUCAACAACGCCGACCGUGAUCUGAUCUCAAACGCUCUGGCCCAGCAAUCCGUUGCUGCAGCUGCCGUCGCAACUACUGCUGGAGGUGUCAACAACCUCGGCAACCGUACUGUCUACUUGGGCAACAUCCACCCUGAGACGACCAUCGAGGAGAUUUGCAAUGUUGUUAGAGGUGGUCUUUUGCACCAUAUUCGCUACAUUCCUGACAAGCACAUUUGCUUCGUCACCUUCAUUGAUCCCACUUCUGCUGCUUCAUUCUUUGCUCUCUCCAACCUGCAAGGUCUCAUGAUCCACAACAGACGCCUGAAGAUUGGUUGGGGUAAGCACUCUGGCGCCCUUCCUCCUGCCAUUGCUCUUGCUGUCAGUGGUGGUGCCUCCCGUAACGUCUACGUUGGCAACCUCGACGAAACCUGGACCGAGGAGCGUCUUCGCCAGGACUUCUCUGAAUACGGUGAGAUCGAACUGGUCAACACUCUGCGCGAGAAGAGCUGUGCAUUUGUGAAUUUCACAAACAUUGCCAAUGCUAUCAAGGCCAUCGAGGCUGUUCGCAGCAAGGACGAGUAUAAGCGUUUCAAGGUCAACUUCGGCAAGGAUCGUUGCGGAAACCCACCCCGCCAGGUAGUUGCAAACGGCCAGGGACAGACUCAGCAAGAAGGUACCCAAUCGCCGAGCCCUGUGAGUGGCAUGCGUGGUCAGAACUCCAUCUCUCCCAGUGCUGGCGCAUCGAACAAUUACAACCCUCUUCAGGGACCUACUGCAUCGACCAUCCUCAACGCUGGAGCCAACAACCCUCUGGCCAUGUAUCUUGCUGCUGCAUCGCAAGUUCAAUCUCAGCCUUCUUCUUCGCCGAACGAAAUUAGCCCUCAGUUCGCACAGCUGAGUCUGUCACAACCUCAAUCACAGCAACAGCAGCCUCAAUCGCAGAUGACCACCCAGCAAGCUUUCUACAGUGGAGACUCUAACAUGCCCACGCGAUCCACCGCACUUGAAGCGCCUUCUCACUUCGGUCACCACGCCACCCACUCCGUAAACUUGAGCAACGGUCUCUCGAACGGUUUCGGUGGUGGCAGCAGUGGCAAUGGCAUGCACGCUAGCCAGAACAGUGCCGCAAGAGGACAGCACUCCCGCACUGUCAGUCUGCCCGUCUUCUCGCAGCCUCAACCUCAGCACGUUCACCAACAGACCUUUGCUGGUCUUGGUGCAGGCAUCGGUGGUUUUGGCAACAACAACCCUUACGGUUUGGCCAUCUCUGCUGAGCGUGGUCUGCCUGGCUGGGAAGAGGAAGAGCCCGCCAUUUGA